UUCCUUUGGAAGGGUUGAGACCAUCCAACAUCUUAAAAUAAUGACGACAAAUAAUCCUUUAUUUGAUUCAUAUUUGUUCAUUUUGUUUACAUAUGUAUGUAUGUGUGUGUGUUUCUAUUUUUUAUUUAUUAAUUUGAGUGAGGUUCAUGUGAGCCGACAGCUUCUUGUCUUCUUCACCUCCUGUCACACGUAUCUUAAAUGUCUUUAUGUUGUUUGUAAAAGUGCAAAAUACAAAAUAAAUUAAAAAAAGAAAAAAUCCUGUAAAACAUUAGUUUGACCAGCACAGCGGUGUAAUUCUCCUGCUGUCCACUGGAGGUCAGUAAGGCGCCGUCAAGCAGCAGGAAGUUUACAGCAGGAAGAAGAAGAAGAAGAAGAAGAAGUCAGCUGCUGACAGCAGAGUAAUGUUUUGAGUUUAGUUUAGUCGGUUUUCAGGCUGUUUUCACACUUUAACAAAGCGCAGCAGAGUUUAAUGUGACGCUGUGAUCCGCAGUCCGCCGGCAGGAGGCGGUGACGCAGCUGACAGCGCAGGUAAAUAUCCGCAGAAGAAGAAAAAGAAGCCCUCCUGCUAGCAGUUAGCUCGUUAGCUCCUCCGUCAUGGCGGAGUUGAACCGGCAGCUGCAGGAAUAUCUGCUGCAGUCCAAAGGUGGCGCGAAGACCGUUUCCCAGUCCGGCUCCAGCACCGUGGUGGACCUGGAUGAUCCGGAGCCGGUUUCCGGGAGCUGGUUCGGGCGCUGGUCCAGCCCGUGGUCCGGCAGCUCGGCCGGCCAGAGCUCCGGCGGAAGCAGCGGUUCUUCCUGGCCGUGGUGGUCCGAGCCGGACCCCUGCCUACCGGGCAUGAGCCGGCGGCAGCGGCUGGUCGCCUGCGCGGUAUGCGGCGCGUUUUCCGCGCUGUGUUUCGGACUGUCCGCGCUGUACGCGCCGCUGCUGCUGCUGUAUGCGCGCAAGUUCGCGCUGCUUUGGUCGCUCGGGUCGCUGUUCGCCAUCGCGGCCGUAGCGGUCCUGCGGGGCCCCAGCAGGCUGGCCGCCGGACUGCCUACCUCCCCCGGGGCCGCCGUGUACCUGUGCGCCCUCGGUGGAACUCUGUACGCGGCACUGAGCCUCCACAGCACCGUGCUGACCGCGCUGGGAGCCGCCCUGCAGGUCGCCGUCAUCGUCGGGUGUGCGGUGUCGCUGCUGCCCGGAGGCAGCGCCGGGCUCCGCUUCAUGGGCGGGAUGGCGGCGUCCGCCAUCAAACGGACCGUCACCGGAAAGACCAUGCCGAUCUGACCGGAGACCGAGAGCCGGCGGGUCGGACACUUAUCAGGGGUCCGGGGGCCUCCAGGGGCCCCAGUUUGACCCCCAGGCUGCAGUGGCUCCACACAGAGACAAUAUUAAUAAUAUCAACAGACUGAUUAUUGAUUAUUGAUUACUGAUGAACUGGGGACCAAACAGAGUUUAAGAGACUUUGAUCUGAUGAACUGUGAAACUUUUUUGUAUUUUUAAUCGGUGGACUGUGAUUGGGUGAGCAGGUAGUUUUGUGUUCAGUUUAAUACAGGAAAUAAAAAACUAAACAUGA